AUGGACCACAAGACAGCGCGGCUGGCGUUGGUCGGCUGCCUGCUCAAUGUAUCCGCUUCGAUGCGCAAUGUACUAGAAACCGGAAAGGGAGAUGAGCGCGCGAUCGAGCGGGUACAAGCAGUGCUCCACGCAGCCCUCAGACUUGCCCGAACAGACCAGCUGCAGGACCAUAAUGCGUUGAUGUUCAUCAGCGCGUUCGGGUUACAUAACGAACGUACCCCCGUGGUGGAUUUAUGCGGCCUUAUCUAUGCGCUUCUUGAUGAUACCAGUGGGCGUAAAAAUCUCAUCAGGCUGGUAAAAGAGAAGAAUGUCCCCCACGUAUCGAGAUAUAUACGAACGGACAUAACGGAGCACGAAGCCUGCGUGGUUUAUUCAUACUUGCAGCGGCAUAAGGAAGAGAUUCAAGAGUUUAUAGAUGCUAUUCUAUCUCAAGGAGGAACAGAUAGAAUAGAAAACGCCAAAUCUAUCGCAGCUGAUGCAGUAGGAGGGCACACUCUGCUCGAUGAUCUGCGUCCAUAUAUGUUUGGUUGUACCCCAAUGAUGACUGCGAUGGGUAGGGCGCUGUCAGUGUUUCGCGAGAAAUCAGAUAUCGAGCAAAGUGCACUUGUAAUAAUAUCUGAUGGUAACUCGACCGGUGGUGAUCCAUUACAAUCGGCAAAUCAGUUGAAGCAGGAAAAGGUCACUAUAGCGAAUGUGGUCCUUACUGAUGACAAAACAAUCCCUCGUAGCCGGCUCUACGAUCAAAAAACCGAAGGUAGAUUUAAUCAAGACCAUCAGAAUCUUUUUAACAUGGCUUCUAAGAUCGCCGUCACUAAGCAUCCGGUACCAGUGCUAGCAUCCAUGGGUUGGAAAGUACCUUCCUCUGAGGAGUAUGCACUGUAUGCCGAAUUCUGGAGCUCAGAUACAAUUGGAAUGUUCAGUUCAGUACUGCUAUCUGCGCGAUUUGGUUCAGCGGAUGCACUGCUAGACAUCCUUGGCCGGGUGCGGUUAGACGCAUAUAUCGAUGAUGCGCAUAUGCGAACUCGUAACAAUCCCUCUGGACAAAAAGGUUCAGAUUGUUGUGCCCACGCUAUAGCGGCGGUGUAUCACAUGGCGCUGCUUCGUAUAGUCAACCGCGAAGGGGGAUGUCCGAGCAUUGCAGAGAUCCGGGAAAGGAUUCUUCAGAAAUUUCCUGCGGAACCAGAGGGAAGAAACAUUGAAGAAGUCUUGAACAAUACAAUCGGCUGGUACCGGCCACUCCGUUUCACCUCCAUGAAGGAGAACGGCGCCCGUCAGGCAGUAUUACAACGCUGGCCGGUGACAAUAACUUUCUGUCUAUCGGAUUCGGGCUGGAAAGAAUUUGACAGGCACUUCAGCAAGGAAGCAGACACUCGCUGCUCGAUUCUUAUUGAAGCUGAGAUGGCGACAAACACCUCACGGUCAGAUGACAUCGGACAUGCAGUCGUCCUGGUCUGCUGCGGUCAGGGCUCCUUAACAUUUCUCAAUUCUUGGGGCUAUGCGGAGGGCAAUAACAGUAGCUUUAAUGUCGAGAAUCCCGCAGUACUUCAAUUUGAAGGUGCAUUGGAAUGGGAUAGCAUGUGCUUCUACGACGUUUUCUGGUACGAAGAAGAGCUGACUCUUGAAGAAAAGCACGCAUAUGCCAGCAAACUGGAUGGGGAACUAGAAAUGCAGUGUCCUCUUUGGGGAGGCAAUUCUUGUAUCGGGGAUUUUACGUGCAGCAUGCGUUUAGCCGUGUGUCCCCACUGCCGGCGAUCAUUCAGACCAGAGCCUGGGCAUCUCAUGCAAGCACUAUACGUGAGAGCUGGACUUGACAUAAUCUAA